AUUUUUGUUUUCCGUCAUUUUAAAUUUGUUAUUUCUGGCAGUACACAACAGACGCGAUCGAAAAUAGAAAUGGUCGCUUUGUUUUUAUUUGAAAAACGGUAUAAUGUGCUAUCAAUUUUGUUUUUUUUUUCGUUUUAUAACUAUAUUUUUGCCGAGUUAUAUGAUAUCAAUAGCAUAGCGCUGUAUGAAUCAUCAGAAUAUGCUCAUGUUGAAGAAGGUGUUAUUCAUGUAGAUCCUAAAACAUCUCUGAAGUUAAUGCUAUUUGGUUCUAAUUUGAAAAAUUAUUUUUAUUUGUCAUUUUCGUUUGUAACAAAAAAGAAAAACGAAAACUGUGACGAUGAUCGUGAGACUACCAGCAUUCCUAUAUUCUCAAAAGAUGGGAAAACUGCUAUAUUUACUGAAAAUUUUGCGAAAUAUUCGGAUGUCACUCUUUACCCUUGUUUAAAAAUCAUCAAUCAAAGUGACUCAAAAAUCGACAACAAUACCCAAAUUGGAUGGAUUCACCUAGGUGAUAAAGAAUUUUUAAAGAUUAGGGUGUUAAAAAGUUCAUUUGACCUUCCUUUAUGGUUCAAAAUCAUUUUGUCAACAAUACUUAUGAUGCUUUCUGCAAUGUUUUCAGGACUAAAUUUAGGCCUAAUGUCAUUUGACUUGAAUGAGUUGAAGAUCAUUAGCACUAGUAGUUCUAUACAAAAUCAAAAAUAUGCAAAAAAAAUUAUACCUGUACGACGCCAUGGAAACUUUUUACUUUGUACCCUAUUGCUUGGAAAUACGUUAGUUAAUUCUACAUUUACCAUUAUAUUAGACAGUCUUACUAGUGGCAUAGUAGCAGUUAUUGGGUCUACUUUAGGUAUUGUUUUUUUUGGAGAAAUUAUCCCACAAAGCAUCUGUUCUCGAUUUGGUCUAGCUGUUGGGGCCUAUACCAUUUUAUUAACAAAAUUAUUCAUGGUAAUUACAUUUCCCCUUUCUUUUCCCAUAAGCAAAAUUCUUGACCGUAUUCUUGGCAAAGAAUUAGGUAAUGUGUAUAAUAAACAGCAGUUGCUUGAAAUGUUAAAACUACAGCAUGAAUAUGAUGACUUAGAACAAGAUGAAGUUGGUAUUAUUUCUGGUGCACUAAAAUAUAGAGAAAAGAAAGUUUGUCAAGUAAUGACAGCAUUGGAUGACUGUUUUAUGUUAGAUGAAGAAGCUGUCUUAGACUUUAAAACAAUGUCUUCAGUAAUAAAAUCAGGAUAUAGUCGCAUUCCCAUUUUUUCUGUUAAAAGAUCAAAUAUUGUGGCUAUACUAUUUGUAAAAGAUUUAGCUUUUGUUGACCCUGAUGAUUGUAUCCCUUUACUUAGUGUUCUUAAAUUCUACAAUCACCCAGUGCACAAAGUAUUUGAUGACACAAAGCUUGGUAGUAUUCUUCAAGAGUUUAAACAAGGGACAACCCAUAUUUCGAUUGUUAUGAAAGUCAAUAAUGAUGGUGAAGGUGAUCCAUUUUAUGAAUGCAUUGGAAUUGUCACCUUAGAGGAUAUUAUAGAAGAAAUAAUACAAGACGAAAUUGUAGAUGAAACAGAUAUAUAUGUUGACAAUGUAUCUGGUAAAAAAGUACAGCGAAAGAAAAACCAAUUAAAUCAUGAUUUUUCAAUGUUUUUGCCUCAUCCUGGUGCAUCUAAGUCUAAGAUUAGUCCACAGCUUGCUUUUGCUAUUUACCAAUAUCUGAGCACAUCUGUGAGCGUGUUUAGUCAAGAUUUAGUCUCGAAAAAUGUACUUAAGAAAAUUAUCCAACUACCUGGUGUCAUCGAAGAAAAAGCUGUUGAGUAUGAAAAAGAAAGAACUGAUAUUUAUCUGUAUCAAAAAGGAAAGCCUUGCGAUUACUUUUCUCUCAUACUUCAAGGUCGAGUUGAAGUUAACGUAGGAGAUGAAGACAUUACUUUCGAAGGAGGUCCGUUUACAAUAUUUGGUGUUAAAGCUCUUACGUGUGAAAUUAAUCAACAGUUUAUACCUGACUAUUCUGUGAAAGUUAUUGGUAAUGUUCAAUUAUUUAAAGUGAAUAAUUUGUUAUACAAAUCAUCUCUGAAAGCUUCCAAACUAGAAAGAGAAAACAGAGUAUCAGAUAUCUUACUGGAGUAUGACGACAUAAAUAAUUCCAGUGUUCCACAAAUAUCAUAUAAAGAACCUGAAAAUGAAAAUUGUAUUCAAAAUAAAAAAGAUGAAAACAGUUCCAUUAACUUAGACGACAAUCAAACAAUCCCAUUACUCAAAGAGAUGGAAACCGGUGAAUCUAAAUUUUAGUAACGGAUGACGGGUGCAUACAAAGUUAACGAAGAGUAAUACUUUGUAUAAAAAAUAAAAACUAUGUUAUUUACUUUGCAGUAGACAUUGCAUUAUUUUGUAUUUUAGAAUUCUUGGUAAGAAAAAAAAAAAGAAAAAUUA